UAAACAUGCAUAAAUUGAACAAUGACGCAGAACAGCAACAAUAGGCAGUUGGGGUUGUUAAGGUAAAGGGAAGAACAGCAAGAGGGUGCCGCUUUUUUUGCGUGGUUAACUACUUUGUCAAGUGGGUGUGUUUUGUUAUGUUGUGUCUCAGCGUUCUAGUGACACCAAUACCACCUUCUCUACUCACCACGCGACCACUUCGUCAUGCUGUUAGGGACACAAAGGUGUUACAAUAAUUUGCAAUGUGAACACAUUAAAAUACGAGAAGAGACGAUCUGACGUUAAUGUAUCAUGAAACAAGAUCACAUAUUCUCACUAAGCAGGGAGGCGCAGGUAAACGCAGCUUCCGGCUCCAAGCUGACCUCCAUUUUGUUUAAGAUGAAAUGAAGUAUUUUUGUUAAACUGUUGGUAGCAUUAUAGGAUUACUUUAAAAAACUUUUUCCCCUUUAAUUUAUAAAAAAAAAAAAACCAACUUCCCCACAGAUAAAUAAUUAUAGACCCAAAAUGCAUCAUGGGUGACAUAAUCCUGGCUGCGUUCUGCACUCUCAUCACUGCACACGAGUCAGAGAUCGAGGCCGGCGUACCCAGGAAGAUAAGGGGCGUAGCUGCAUGUCUGGGACUACCUCAGUAAAGUGGACCUUGAUCAUCGAAAGAAGAUAAUAUAAUGUGGGAGAAGUAAGCUUUCAAGGUAGUGUAUUCCUGGCGCUACCGAGUGAGGUGUGCUGCCUCCUGUAUCCCGGAGCCCUCGACUCACUUGUAGCCUACAUAGGUCGUUUGCAUCGCACAAAGAACGUCGUGAGGAGGAUCCAGCAGCCAACGGCCCAACAGUGGUCGUCACGCUGACAUGAAGCUGCUAGCGGCCUUCCUCCUCCUGCUGGUGACACGAGUCAGUGCAGAUGACUCGGCUGUCGUGUAUUCUCCGACAUGUUUCCAGGAGGAGUCUACUGCCGCAUACGAGGUGGGGAUGCAGUACAAGUACCAGUAUGAAGGAGAGGUGAUCACUAAGGCGCCGGCAGCAGGGGAGGAUGAGUCUCGUCUGGCUUUUACUGCACAAGUCAUAAUUUCUGCUAGUACACCAUGUGACCUCAGACUGCAGGUUAAUGAUUUAGUAGUAGAAGAUACCGGUGACGACGCAAAAUGGUUCUCGGAGGCAGUACAAGAACAUGACUUGUACUUCAGGUACCAGCAUGGAGCUGUCACCGACCUAUAUCCUCAUGAAGAAGAAGAGGCAGUGGCCACCAACUUCAAGAGAGGAAUUUUGUCCUCACUGCAGAUGACAGUCUCCCCAACGAGUGACAUGGAUAUCAUUGUCAGCGAGGUGGAUGUGUCAGGAGAGUGUGAUGUGAAGUACAGCAUGGAGAUGGAUCCAAACCCACUGAUCACCAAGACUAAAAUGGGAUGUCAUGCCAACACCUACAUACCAUAUCUCCCACACUCCUAUUACACUAACACUAAGGCCAAUUCUCAUCUCCCAUUUAUGAAGAAUAGCCAUGUGUGUCACAUACAUGGAAAAGAAGGUACUGGUCCACGGGGGGACAUUGAUGUUGCUGGUGAAGGUGGAAUGUGGGAGAAGGUGAUCUGCAGCGAGGAGGUACAGGUGCAUCACCAUCUCACUCCUAACAGUAAUAGAUCCUCACUGGCGACUGUAUCCAUGUCUUCCACACUCAUGCUAGAGGAAGGGCCUAAGCCAAUGGAUGGAAAUUUCUCAAACGGUGAUGUGUUGAGGAAGACAGUGUCACUUGUGGCUGACCUGAAAGCAGCUGUAAACUUUGCUGAGAUGAAGAAACUUUCCAACCAAAAUGUGAAGGAACAGCUUGACUCUGUCCUUGAGAGUUUGUCAACAUCUGAGGACAGUGAGCCAGAUGAUCUUCGGCCUCGUCUCUUUUCCACACUUGUUCAUUUGUUGAGCCACUUGAAUGUAGAGGAGCUUGAAGAUGUGUGGUCAUCAUCCAGCUCAGAGAACACACACAGAAAGAUACUGGUGGAUGGCUUGCUGGUGUGUGAUGCCAAUCCUUGCCAUUCCCUGGUGGCUCAGCUGGCACAAGACCAAGGCAUGCUUUCCCAAGGCCAGCUCAAUAUGUGGCUUGCUGGAAUUCACAUGCAUACCUCUGCUCAUCCUGAAUUUGUCACCAAGCUACUGAACCUUACUGAGGCUAAGGAGAAAGUGGCAUCAGCAGCAAUAAUGGCAGCAUCCAGCACAGUGCACCGGCUCUGCCAACAGCAACCAUCUGAGUGUUUGGCACAUGCACAAUCUUUCCUGGAGUACGUGGAUCAACAAGUGGGAGUCUCCUGUGGCCAUGGCAAGACUAGGCAACAGCAGGAACAUAUUAAGCUGGUUAUGAGAGCUUUGGGGAAUGCUGGAGUGUUUCCAAGUAAAGAUUUUCCUGAAAGAUGCUAUUUGAACAGAACAUUGUCCCCUGAGCUGCGCAUUGCAGCACUGCAAAGUUAUCGUCGCUCUGGUUGUAGUGGUGUUGAGGCUCCCUGGAAGCUCCUUGAAGAUGGGCGUGAGAAGAGUGAAGUGCGUAUUGCUGCCUACCUUGCCUUGGUGCCCUGUGCUACCUACACUUCAGGCUUCUUCACCCGUAUCCACAAACUCUUGCAGCAGGAGAAAGUCCAGCAAGUUUAUUCCUUCAUCUGGACACAUGUGAAAAAUCUGGUAGACAAACCUGGUCCAAGCAAGCAUGACCAAGAACUGUCAAAACUGGCCAGACAACACACUUUGCCUAACAAGUUCAAUAAUGAUGCUUUUCGUACCUCAGGAAAUUUCCGUUACACUCACUUCAGUGAAUCAAUGAACCUCGGAGGCAGUGUUGAUGCCAAUGUUGUGUUCUCCCAUGAAUCCUAUGUGCCACAUCAGAUCUCGGCAAAUCUAACACUGGACUUGCUAGAUAAUUCUUUUAAUUUUUUGGACAUUGGUGGAGAGUUUAGUGGCAUUGAAAACCUUAUUGAGAGUUAUUUUGGUAAAGAUGCAUAUUUUAGCAAUAAAGAUGUUCUGAAAAUUCUGCAUAAUUUAAGACCAAAAAGGAACAUAGUUCAUGAGGACAAAAUUCAAGAAUUUCAAAAGAAAUUUGAUACCAAAAAAAAGAACCAAUUGGAAUGGGAAAAGAAUGAGGAAGAAGCCAAGCCAUCCUUCUAUGUCAGAAUGUUUGGCAAUGAAAUUCUGUAUGUAGAAAAUAUGUUACAACACAGUCCUGCACAGCUUCUUUAUCAGCUCAUCCAAGAAUUGUCUUCACCUAAAACUUUCAAGAUCCUUGACCAAGAAUACAUGACACCAACUCUCCUUGGAUUUCCGUUGCGGCUGAAGGUCAACGCCACUGCUUCAGUCAGCCUGCAGCAUGAGCUGACCUUCCGGAGCACUAAGAACCUUGGCCUGCAGCUGGAGGGCAGCCUCACCCCAUCAGUAGUGGCAGCAAUGGAUGAAAUGCUGUUAGUGGAUGCUUUUGUAUCCUCUAGUGGCCUGAGGAGAUCAUCCACACAGGUUGCAAAAACAACUAUUGGAGGAAAAUUCUUAGUUCAGGAAAACGAAGUUGUUGAGAUCCAGCUUAGUGUCCCAAAUUCUGAGGUGAUGAAGAUGAGCUCCUCUGCCAGAGUUGCUCUUCUAAACAGUGAUGGUAAAUGGGUGGAGCCAAAGUCAAAAACUGUGCCAGUGGAAAGCUGUAUUGACACUGUUAGUGAAAUGGUUGGUCUUGAAGUUUGUACCAGCCUCAGCCAUGGCCAGUAUGAAGUAGAUGGGGAGUUAGUCACUGCAGAGCCAUCUGAGAUGAAUUUCCUGAUCAAGAAAACAGACAGUUUUAACUAUUACAAACUGUACAUCACGCAGCAGGAGAGCAUCAUUGAGGCUCUAUUUGACACUCCAGGCUCGAGCAUUGAUCGCAAGAUUCACUUUCUCUUUAAUGUGAAUCCUGAUCGUGAGGGUGGCUACAUUGUGGUCAGGGGUGCAGGAUAUGGUAUUAAAGGACAAUAUAAGGAUUCAGAUGGAUACUCAGGACUUCAGCUUGAGUAUCUACAAGAGUCAAAGGUCUCUGGGGAAUUAGAAAUAUCUAUGAAGAAGCAAGUGGAAAGUUUAAGACAGGAAUAUAUACCAAAGUUCCUGGUCAGUGUGGGGCCCGACAAGUUUACCCUUGAAGGGAAAUGGAAACACAUGAUUGAUGAAGACACAAAAAAUCUUGAAGCCUCAUGGGAAAUAGAGGGAGCCUGGCAUAAGACAGAGCCAAACAUGGUAACUCAAGCCUUUGGAAGAGUCUCAGGAACCUUUAUGACUGGCCAGGAUAAUUUCAAGCUGGACCUAAACACUGAAUAUGGCAGUGAAUCUUCAGAUUCUCACUCUAUCACUCUUACUCUAAACAACAACCACACUCUCCAUGGAGACAUGAGUAUUUUUGCAGGAUAUGCAUCACUUCAGAUAAGUCAGAUACCUGCAGGCAUAACAAUGGAGUAUGAAUCUCGGCCUGAUCUCUUUGAACUGAACACCAACACCUCCCUUCAAGACACUCAGGUGUCAUCUCAGGUUGUGGUGAAGAAUGUGAUGAGUACAGCUGUACAGGACACUCAGCUAACCUUGAGCCUGGCUAGCAAACAACUAGAUAUUGACUAUAAGGCUUCUGGCAUAUACAAGGUUUCUGAUAAUGGUUUUCAAGCAGAAGCAGAACUCAACUUUGAUUCCUCCUUCAAGUCCAAAUUCCUCAUAAUGUACCUCUUUGAGGAUGAGCCCUUACAUGUGUUAGCUGGGUUGCAUCUCACUCUCAAUGACUUCAUAUUCCAAAUUGGGCACAGCAUUGACAUGAGUCAACCUGAUCAUCUACUCAUCACAGCAAGUGUCAAAGCAGGGGAAGGAGCAGCAGGACUCCACUUUGAGAGUGAUUAUGGAAAGGAACGCCCGUUCAACACCUCCUUUGAAGUGUUUGGUGGUCUGGGCACUCGCUCUGUUGGCCUAUCUUCCAAUAUUGCCUCAGACCUUCAUUGGCAAAACUUCACUGGCAAAAGCAGUAUAAAAUGGCUUGACUGGUCCAGCAGUCUUGAUCAUGAACUAAUGUUGAGUAAGAACAACAUGGCUGCAAAGUUUGCCUUAGAAAAUAUGGGAAGUCUUGAACUUCUUUAUGAAUCAUCACCAAACCAGGCAGUGGAGGUUGUGGUGAGAGAUGCAACACCUGACAUCACGCCAGUUUUUAUGGUAUGA